AUGUUGAAGAAUGGAAUAGUGUUGGUGCGGUUUGACAGUGCUGAGGGGAAAAAUGAAGUAAUCCAUGGUGGCAUAUACCAUUUCGAUAACAAGCCACUGAUAGUAAAAGCUUGGGAUGCAACUAUGGAAUUUUUUAGAGAGAAACUGUAUUAUGUUCCAAUUUGGAUCAAGCUGCCUAGACUUGAUUUCAAAUACUGGAGUUCCAAGAGCCUCAGCAAGAUAGGUAGUCUUGUAAGUAAGCCACUCAUGGUUGACAAGAACACUGAGAAAAAGGUAGGCUUAAAUUUUGCUAAGUUAGUGGUGAAAGUUAAAAUUGGUAGUACACUGCCAGAUCUGAUAUAUUUUAGAAAUGAAUGGGGGAAUGUUAUAGAGCAGAAGGUGACAUAUGAUUGGAAACCAUCAGUGUGUUUUAUAUGCCAGAAGUAUGGGCAUACUGCUGAAAUGUGUAGAAGGAAUAAGGCUAAUGAGAAGAAGGAGGAACCUCAAAUCAAAGAAAGCAUAACAAAGGAGACUAUUAGUGAUGGGGUGAAGCAAAAACAGCUUGAAGUAAGUGAAGGAAGGAAAAUUGAAAAUAAUCCAACUCAGCAAGGAAGAUGGAGGAAACAGGUAGGAAGGAGGAAAACUCAACAAGUAAACCAGGUUCAAGCAACCAUAAGUGGAACAAAGGCAGUUGAGGUUGCCAACUCUUUUCAACCACUUGAGAUUGCUAGGAAGGAUAAUGAUAUGCAAGCCACUAAAGUUGGCCAGACUGAAAGGACUAAGAAUUACCCCUCAGGUCAUGGUUAA